AACAUUGUCAUAUGAUCGAAUUUUCACGAGAUUAUUGGGUUAGGACCAAAAUUAUAAAAAAAUUUAUCCAACUUGACAAUUUCGUUUUAUUUAAUAAAUUAUAAAAUAAGUAAAAUGUUAAAAAUAGCAUUAUUAACUCUCUGCACACUUGCAUCUGUUUAUUGUGAUGGAGAUUUUGUAAUAUUACACAGUCCAGAAUCUGUGAAGUUCAAGGGUUCCGAACAAAUUAAUCAGACCUUGUUGAAGGAAGUCUUUACAGGUAUCUUAGGAUACACUGUCAGAAAGCGUCAUCAGUGGCAAGGAGUAGAGAUAACAGACCCAUUCAAUCCACCCGAAGCAGUGGUCAGUAUAGCAGUUGAAGGUGUUGACUCAUUGGAUUCUCAACGUGGCCAGCGCUUUCCUCUGAUCGUUGACGAAGUAGAAGAAACAACCUGGCAAGCAGUGAGUCGUCGGCUGGGUGGACGGGAUAAUAAUAAUACUUUAGUAAGAAUUUGCGUAGGAGACGGUGUCAAUGCUUUGGGUCAGUCAGCACUGGGAGAGUUAAAGCCGAUCGCCCUUGACGAGUCAUCAGUUAAAUUUUUAGAUCCAAAGAUCGAAGAAGACCGAAAGUUCAUCGAAGAGAUCCAACUGCUCCGCGCAAUAGCUCAACAUGUUCCUUCAACCGUCACUGCUAAUUCUAAGCCUGACAUUUACUGGCUGGUGGUAUCUGGGUUGCAGCCUCUGAUUGAAUUGCAUGGGAAAAAUUCUCAAACUGUUCAAGAAGCUUUUAAUUUACUCAACCGCGUACUCGAUGAUAUUUCUAACGCUUUUAUUGAAGUGUACAAUGGUGACGUUGUCAUCGCUGCGUUUACAAAUGAUGCCAACAAAGUGAGAAAUACCAGAUCUGUUGAGUCUUUACGAGUUCGCCGUGCAGAGCCUGCGUCAACCGAAAGCUCAGCGAGCUCAGAAAAACCUCAAGAUUCAACUUCUACUCCACUUACAUCCACACCGAAUGAGGAAACGAUGGAAGAUAAAUUGAAUGCCGAAGAAACUGAAAGUAAUAAAGGUGUAAGUGAAAAUACUAACCAACCCAUAAGUACAACCGAAUUAAAUACUAACAUUAACGAACACACUGAUUCGUCGGAUGAAUUGAACUAUCAACACGAGGUUCAAUCAAUGACUGGUCAAGUUGAUAAACCAGUUGAGUUAAAAGACGUUAAUCUGGCUAAAAAAUACUCAGCCAACUAUCCGGUAAUCUUCAAUAUCUUCUUGUGGUUCAGUAUCAUCUUUGUCUUCUCUCUCAUCGCAAUUUGCAUUGCGAUCGCGGAUAUGGAUCCGGGACGCGAUUCAAUAAUUUACAGAAUGACUUCAAACAGAAUGAAGAAGGAUAACUAAACGUAGGAUUAAUAUUUAAAGCUAUUUAAGUAAAUAUAAUGAAAGAUAAACUGUUAUCAUUUGAAAUACGUUUUAAAGUGUUAAAGAAUUAGUUGAAAUUAUUUUUAAUUAUUAUUCCAAUGUAUGUUGAGUGACUUGUGCGUGCUAGACUAGAGUAUCUUGUAUAAUAUGAUUAUCAUCUAGCAUUCUAUCUAAUCCAGUAUUUAUCAAGGAAUACAGUUGUAAAAAAAGAAAUAAAUUUAAUGUUGUAAGUUGUAAAAAUAAAAUAAUAAUUAUGUGAUUAUGUAUUCAUAAUCUUAAUAAUAUAUUAUUAAUUGAAAAUAGAUUUAACUGUAAUAGAAAUCCAAGAGUUAUAAAUAUAUAUAAUUUUAAAAUUUA